AUGUCGCAUCCGCCACCACCACCCCCGGGAUGGGGACCUCCUCCCCCUCCACCGCCGCCGUCAUCGCUGCCACCUCCUCCGUCAGGACCGGCCCCCGCGGCGCCCCCUCCUCCGCCAGGUUUUCAGCCGAGUAACCCUCACAUUGCCAAGUUUGCCCAAAAGAAGCAGGAAUGGCUUCGACAUCAGCGCAAUCGAUUCGGAGAGAAGCGUAGGGGUGGCUUCGUCGAGACGCAGAAGGCAGAUAUGCCUCCCGAGCAUCUGCGCAAGAUUGUUCGCGACAUUGGCGACGUGUCGCAAAGAAGAUACACAAACGACAAGCGCAGCUACCUUGGCGCCUUGAAGUUUAUGCCUCAUGCUGUCUUGAAGCUCCUCGAAAACAUGCCAAUGCCCUGGGAAUCAGCGCGUGAAGUUAAAGUCCUGUAUCACGUCAAUGGCUGCCUGACUCUCGUGAACGAGAUCCCUCGUGUCAUCGAGCCUGUCUUCUUUGCGCAGUGGGCGAUGAUGUGGACCUUUAUGCGCAAGGAAAAGGCUGAUCGAAGAUUAUUCAAGCGCAUGCGUUUCCCACCCUUCGACGAUGAAGAACCGCCGCUCUCCUGGUCCGAGAAUAUCGAAGACGUCGAGCCUCUCGAGCCGAUUCAGAUGGAGCUGAACGAAGAAGAAGACGAAGCUAUUUACGAAUGGUUCUACGAUCACCGCCCGCUACUCGAUACCCCGCAUGUAAAUGGACCCAGUUACAAGUCAUGGAAUAUGACUUUGCCUCAAAUGGCUGCGCUCUUUCGACUCAGCAGGCCCCUCAUAUCCGAUGUCAUCGAUAAGAACUACUUCUAUCUCUUCGACCUCAAAAGUCUCUUGACUGCCAAGGCUCUCAACGUGGCUCUGCCUGGUGGCCCGCGAUUCGAACCUCUGUACAAAGAUAUCAACCCCAAUGAGGAGGACUUCGGCGAGUUCAAUGCAAUUGACCGCAUCAUUUUUCGAAACCCGAUCCGAACUGAAUUUCGAGUCGCAUACCCAUUUUUAUACAAUUCGCUUCCACGAAGCGUACACAUGUCCUGGCACUCGCAGCCUCAGGUCGUCUUCAACCGUCCAGAUGACCCUGACCUACCAACGUUCCACUUCGACCGUCGCAUCAACCCGAUUUCGUCUCGUACUGUUGCACCGAAGAAUGUCGACAUUUCACUCGAAGACGAGCUCUUUGGCCCCGGAAAUGACGAAGAAGACGAGGAGGACGGUUUCACACUCCCGGCUGGCGUCAAGCCGUUCCUUGCUGAUGAGGAGAUCGAUAACGAACAUACUUCGGCGGCCAUUGAGCUCUGGUGGGCCCCCUUCCCCUUCAAUAGACGUUCAGGACGUAUGGUCAGAGCACAGGAUGUGCCUCUCAUCAAGCAGUGGUAUCUUGAGCACCCCCCCUCUGAUCGACCGCCUGUUAAGGUUCGUGUCUCAUACCAGAAGUUGCUCAAGAAUUACGUCCUCAAUGAGCUGCACAAGAAGAAGCCCAAGGCGCACAACAACCAAAAUCUUUUACGCUCGCUCAAACAGACCAAGUUUUUCCAGCAAACCACCAUCGAUUGGGUUGAGGCUGGUCUUCAAGUUUGCCGACAGGGCUUCAACAUGCUGAACUUGUUGAUCCACCGCAAGAACCUUACAUACCUUCAUCUGGAUUACAAUUUCAAUCUGAAGCCUGUCAAAACUCUCACAACCAAGGAGCGGAAAAAGUCUCGAUUCGGAAACGCCUUCCACCUCAUGCGAGAGAUUUUGAGAUUGACAAAGCUUAUUGUUGAUGCUCAAGUUCAAUACAGACUUGGCAACAUUGAUGCCUUCCAGCUGGCUGAUGGUAUUCAUUAUGCAUUCAAUCAUGUUGGCCAACUGACUGGCAUGUACCGAUACAAGUAUAAGCUCAUGCAUCAGAUCCGUACUUGCAAGGACUUGAAACAUCUGAUAUAUUAUCGCUUCAACUCUGGACCUGUCGGCAAGGGCCCUGGUUGUGGUUUCUGGGGCCCGUCAUGGCGAGUGUGGCUUUUUUUCAUGAGAGGUAUCAUCCCUCUGCUCGAGAGAUGGUUGGGAAACUUGUUGUCACGACAAUUUGAAGGCCGACACAGCAAAGGAGUCGCAAAGACGGUAACUAAGCAGCGAGUUGAGUCUCAUUUUGAUCUCGAACUGCGUGCCUCAGUCAUGUCUGACUUGAUGGAUAUGAUGCCCGAAGGAAUCAAGCAAAGCAAGGUCAACACAGUACUGCAGCAUCUGUCCGAGGCUUGGAGAUGUUGGAAGAGUAACAUCCCUUGGAAGGUUCCUGGCCUUCCUGCGCCCAUUGAGAACAUUAUUCUCAGAUAUGUCAAGUCGAAGGCUGACUGGUGGAUCUCCGUCACACACUAUAAUCGUGAGCGUAUUCGACGCGGUGCAACUGUCGACAAAACAGUUGCGAAGAAAAAUGUCGGCCGUCUGACUCGUCUGUGGCUCAAGGCCGAACAGGAGAGACAACACAACCACAUGAAGGAUGGCCCUUACGUUUCUUCCGAGGAGGCAGUUGCCAUUUACACCACGACUGUUCACUGGCUCGAGUCAAGAAAGUUCUCACCCAUUCCGUUCCCUAGCGUUUCCUACAAGCAUGACACAAAGAUUCUGAUCCUCGCUCUGGAGCGUCUCAGAGAGGCGUAUUCCGUCAAAGGCCGUCUAAACCAGAGCCAGCGUGAGGAACUUGCCCUGAUCGAGCAGGCAUAUGAUAGCCCUGGUACUACUUUGGAGCGCAUUAAACGAUUCCUUCUCACCCAGCGCGCUUUCAAAGAAGUCAACAUUGACAUGAACGAUAAUUACAGCACCAUCAACCCAGUCUACGACAUUGAGCCCAUCGAGAAGAUCAGCGAUGCUUAUCUUGACCAGUACCUUUGGUAUCAGGCCGAUCAAAGACAUCUUUUCCCUGCCUGGAUCAAGCCUUCUGACUCUGAGGUGCCUCCUCUCCUCGUCUACAAGUGGGCUCAGGGUAUCAAUAACCUGAGCGGUGUGUGGGAGACUGAGAACGGCGAAUGCAACGUCAUGAUCGAAACCGAAUUGUCUAAAGUCUAUGAGAAGAUGGAACUGACCUUGCUCAACUCUCUCUUGCGUCUCAUCAUGGAUCACAACCUGGCUGAUUAUAUUACAUCCAAGAACAAUGUUCAACUAACAUACAAGGACAUGAACCACGUCAACAGCUACGGCAUGAUCCGUGGUCUGCAGUUCUCUGCCUUUGUGUUCCAGUACUACGGCCUUGUCCUCGAUUUGCUGCUGCUUGGCCCUCAACGUGCCAGUGAAAUCGCUGGACCUCCUCAGAGCCCCAAUGAUUUCCUUCAAUUCCGCGACCGCGAGACCGAAACCAGGCACCCCAUUCGCCUAUACAGCAGAUACAUCGAUAAAAUCUGGGUCUUCCUCCGCUUUACCGCCGAAGAAUCCCGAGAUCUCAUCCAGCGCUUCCUAACGGAGCAGCCUGACCCUAACUUUGAGAAUGUCAUUGGGUAUAGGAGCAAGAAAUGUUGGCCUCGCGACUCGCGCAUGCGUCUGAUGCGUCACGAUGUCAACCUGGGCCGCGCCGUGUUUUGGGAUCUCAAGAACAGACUGCCUCGCUCAGUCACUACAAUUGAGUGGGAUGACAGCUUUGCCAGUGUCUACAGCAGGGAUAAUCCCAACUUGCUAUUCUCCAUGAGUGGUUUUGAGGUUCGCAUUCUGCCAAAGAUCCGAAAUCAGAAUGACGAGUUUCCCGUCAAGGACAGCGUUUGGUCGCUCGUCGACAAUACAACCAAGGAGCGAACGGCGCAUGCCUUCCUGCAAGUAACGGAAGAUGACAUUGCCAAAUUCAACAACCGAAUUCGUCAGAUCCUGAUGUCUUCUGGAUCGACGACAUUCACCAAGAUCGCUAACAAGUGGAACACUGCUCUCAUCGCUCUUUUUACAUAUUACCGCGAGGCCGCAGUUUCCACAGUUGAGUUGCUUGAUACCAUCGUCAAGUGUGAGACAAAAAUUCAGACCCGAGUCAAGAUCGGCCUUAACUCCAAGAUGCCUUCGCGUUUCCCUCCUGCCGUAUUCUAUACUCCUAAGGAGCUGGGUGGUCUUGGUAUGAUCUCCGGCUCUCACAUUCUUAUCCCUGCCAGUGACAAGCGCUGGUAUAAGCAGACUGAUACUGGAACCACUCACUUCCGUGCUGGUAUGACGCAUGACGAGGAGACUUUGAUUCCUAACAUUUUCCGAUACAUCAUUCCCUGGGAAGCUGAAUUUAUUGAUUCGCAGCGUGUCUGGACUGAAUACUCCCAGAAGCGCCUCGAAGCCAACCAACAGAACCGCCGCCUUACGUUGGAAGAUCUUGAGGACAGCUGGGACCGUGGUUUGCCCCGUAUCAACACCCUUUUCCAGAAGGACCGCAGCACGCUCAGCUUUGACAAGGGCUUCCGCGCUCGUGCAGAGUUCAAGAUUUACCAGUUGAUGAGGAGCAAUCCAUUCUGGUGGACCAGUCAGCGCCACGAUGGAAAACUGUGGAACUUGAACGCCUACCGAACCGAUGUUAUUCAGGCAUUGGGUGGUGUCGAAACUAUUUUGGAGCACACCUUGUUCAAAGCAACAGGUUUCGCAUCUUGGGAAGGUCUGUUCUGGGAGAAGGCAUGUCUCGCCAAAGGCACUAUGCUUUUGAGAUACGAUCAUAGCCAAGUGGCGGUAGAAGAUGUCAAGGAGGGAGAUUUGCUUCUGGGUCCUGAUGGAGGACCUAGACGCGCAUUUAAUGUGGUCAAUGGCAAGGAUCGUCUAUAUCGGAUCAACAUCGGAAGCGGAGAAGAAGAUCUUGUUGUUACUACGAACCACAUCCUCGUCUUGCACAAAGAGAAGCUGAGUGGCAAUGCGCCUGCUGUGUCAGAGGCUGACAAAUUUGAGACUCAUGAGAUGACUGCUGCUCAGUUUGCUGCAAUGGAGCCUGCGGAAAGAGCAAAGUUCAGAUUAUUUCGCUCAUCUGGUAAUGAUUCGGCGGGCAAAAAGGCUGAAGUCCACAGGUUCGGCAUCGAAAGCAUCACACUUGAGUCCGAAUCCACAGAAUGGGCAGGCUUCCGCGUGGAUGGGGACCAGUUAUAUCUUCGCCAUGAUAAUCUCGUGCUUCACAACAGUGGUUUUGAAGAGAGCAUGAAAUUCAAGAAGCUGACCAAUGCUCAACGAUCCGGUCUCAACCAGAUUCCUAACCGUCGCUUCACAUUGUGGUGGUCGCCAACCAUCAACAGAGCCAACGUCUAUGUCGGUUUCCAGGUGCAGCUUGAUUUGACUGGUAUCUUCCUUCACGGCAAAAUCCCAACACUGAAGAUCUCUUUGAUUCAGAUAUUCCGGGCACAUUUGUGGCAAAAGAUUCACGAGUCUGUUGUCAUGGAUAUGUGUCAGGUUUUUGACCAGGAAUUGGAAGCUCUCGGCAUUGAAACUGUGCAAAAAGAGACCAUUCAUCCCCGCAAGUCCUACAAGAUGAACAGCUCAUGCGCUGAUAUUCUGCUCUUUGCAAGCCACAAGUGGAAUGUUACGCGCCCGUCGCAUCUCAAUGAUACGAAGGAUGUAAUUGAACCUACGACAACGAACAAGUUCUGGAUUGAUAUUCAGCUUCGCUAUGGUGAUUACGAUUCUCAUGACAUUGACCGAUACACGAGAGCCAAGUAUCUCGACUACACAAGCGACAGUGCCAGUAUCUACCCAUCUGCUACCGGCCUGAUGAUCGGUAUUGAUUUGGCUUACAACAUGUACUCGGCUUUCGGAAUGUUCUUCCCUGGACUGAAGGUUCUUGUCCAGCAGGCCAUGGCCAAGGUCAUGAAGGCCAACCCUGCCCUCUAUGUCUUGCGAGAGCGCAUUCGCAAGGGUCUUCAGCUCUAUGCCUCCGAGAGCAACCAAGAAUUUCUCAACUCUCAGAACUAUUCCGAACUUUUCAGUCAGAAGACUCAGCUGUUCAUCGAUGAUACCAAUGUCUACCGUGUCACCAUUCACAAGACAUUCGAAGGCAACUUGACCACGAAGCCCAUCAACGGUGCCAUUUUCAUCUUCAACCCUCGUACAGGCCAGUUGUUCUUGAAGAUUAUCCACACCAGUGUUUGGGCCGGACAGAAGCGUCUGGGACAGCUCGCCAAGUGGAAGACGGCUGAAGAAGUUGCGGCCCUCAUCCGAUCUCUGCCUGUUGAAGAGCAGCCGAAGCAGCUCAUCGUCACUCGAAAGGGUCUACUUGAUCCGCUUGAAGUGCAGCUGGUUGACUUCCCCAAUAUCUCCAUUCGUGCCUCUGAGCUGCAGCUUCCGUUCCAGGCCGCCAUGAAGGUUGAGAAGCUUGGUGACAUGAUUCUCCGUGCCACAGAGCCCCAGAUGGUUCUCUUCAACCUGUAUGACGAAUGGCUAAAGAGCAUCUCGUCAUUCACUGCGUUUUCACGUCUCGUCCUUAUUCUGCGUGCUCUGCAUGUCAACCCCGACAAGACGAAGCUCAUUCUUCGUCCUGACAAGACCAUCAUCACGCUGGAGCAUCACAUCUGGCCAUCACUGACAGAUGAAGAAUGGAUCAAGGUUGAGACGCAACUGCGCGAUCUUAUUCUGAAUGAUUACGGCAAAAAGAACAACGUCAAUGUGUCUAGUCUGACGAGCAGUGAAGUACGAGACAUCAUCCUGGGUAUGGAAAUUUCUGCACCUUCCAUGCAGAGACAACAAGCGGCCGAAAUCGAGAAGCAGCAGCAAGAGCAGGCUCAGCUCACCGCCGUUACCACCAAGACGCAAAAUGUGCACGGAGAAGAUCUCAUUGUUACGACCACGUCGCAAUUUGAGCAGCAGACGUUUGCCUCCAAGACUGAGUGGCGCACACGUGCCAUUGCGACGUCAAACUUGCGCACGCGUGCCAAGAACGUCUACGUCUCUCCCAUGGACAAUGACCUCGACGACGUCACCUACGUCAUGCCAAAUAACAUUUUGAAGAAGUUUAUCACUAUUGCUGAUCUGCGUGUGCAAGUCGCUGGCUACCUCUACGGCGCUUCUGCGCCCGACAAUGACCAGGUCAAGGAGAUCAAGUGCAUCGUCAUGAUUCCACAAGUCGGAGGCCUCCGCAACGUGCAGCUCCCGCAGCAGCUGCCGCAAAGCGACUUUCUCGAGGGCAUGGAGCCACUCGGCAUCAUCCACACGGCGUCGGGUAGUGAGUUGCCCUACAUGGCGGCUGCCGACGUGACGGAGCACGCCAAGCUGCUCGACGCGCACAGCUCCUGGGACAAGACCAAUACAGUGACUGUAUCCGUCGCCUUUACGCCCGGCAGCGUCUCACUGUCGGCCUGGGGCCUCACGCCGCAAGGGUACCAAUGGGGCGUCGAGAACAGGGAUUUGCAGAGUGACCAGCCGCAGGGCUUCACGACCACCAUGGGUGAGAAGCGCAAGCUGCUCCUGAGCCCGCGCUUCCGCGGCUUCUUCCUCGUGCCCGACAACGGUCGCUGGAACUAUAGCUUCAUGGGCAGCGCGUUUGCAGGCAUGGAGAAGAAGAGCGUACACGUCAAGCUUGACACGCCGCUGCCGUUUUACAGCGAUCAGCACCGGCCUGUGCACUUUCACAGCUUUGCGGAGCUCGAGGAUAUUGGCGUUGAUCGUUCCGACAACUUUGCAUAA